AGUCAGCAUUGGCAGGUUCAGCAGCCUCUCGGCAAGAGGCGUGUGCAGCGGGAACCGCGCCCCGCCUAAGCCCGGGACUUGGAGCGCCAGCCCGCGGCAGCCUGGCCAAUGCGUUGCGGGGGGCGGGGAUUGUUUACGUCUCGCUCGGGAGUGGAAAGUGGGUCACGGCCGCCGGCGGCGCGCGGCGGCGGAGCAGCGCAGAUCCUGUCCACCAUGGCCAGGCGCCCCCGGAGCAGCAGAGCAUGGCAUUUUGUCCUGAGUGCAGCCCACCGAGACGCAGAUGCCCGGGCCAUGGCUCUGGCAGGGACCACUAACUGGGGAUAUGAUUCUGACGGGCAGCACAGUGACUCUGACUCUGACCCUGAGUACUCGUCCCUGCCGCCAUCCAUCCCCAGCGCUGUGCCCGUGACGGGUGAGUCCUUCUGCAACUGUGAUAAUCAGAAUGAGGCCUCCUUCUGCGGCAGCCUGCACACAGCAGCCCACCGGGGCAAGGACUGCCGCUGUGGGGAGGAAGAUGAGUAUUUUGAUUGGGUCUGGGAUGACAUGAAUAAGUCCUCGGCAACCCUGUUGAGCUGUGACAACCGGAAGGUCAACUUCCACGUGGAAUACAGCUGCGGCACAGCAGCCAUCCGAGGCACCAAGGAGCUGGGGGAGGGGCAACACUUCUGGGAGAUUAAGAUGACCUCUCCUGUCUAUGGCACAGAUAUGAUGGUAGGCAUUGGGACAUCGGAUGUGGACCUGGACAAGUACCACCACACGUUCUGCAGCCUGCUUGGCAGGGAUGAGGACAGCUGGGGCCUCUCCUACACCGGGCUCCUCCACCACAAGGGUGACAAGACAAGCUUCUCCUCGCGGUUCGGCCAGGGCUCCAUCAUUGGCGUGCACCUGGACACCUGGCAUGGGACACUGACCUUCUUUAAGAACAGGAAGUGCAUAGGAGUGGCAGCCACCAAGCUGCAGAACAGGAAGUUCUAUCCGAUGGUGUGCUCCACAGCAGCCAAGAGCAGCAUGAAGGUCAUCCGCUCCUGUGCCAGCGCCACCUCCCUGCAGUACCUGUGUUGCCACCGCCUGCGUCAGCUGCGACCCAACUCUGGGGACACACUUGAGGGCCUGCCCCUGCCACCUGGCCUCAAGCAGGUGCUACACCACAAGCUGGGCUGGGUGCUGAGCAUGAGCUGUGGCCACCACAAGUCCCCUGUGCCCUCGCCCAAGGCCACUGUCAGUCCCAACAGCCCAGAGACUCGGCGCUGCCAGAGAAAGCGCUGCCGAAGGACCUAACUUAUUUUCCAAUGAAAACUGCCUUCUGAGGCUAGGACAGCAUUUUCUCCAUCCUCUCCCACAGGCCGUGCUCCAGAGUAACAGGAGAGGGAGGAGUUGGGCCAAGGUCUGUCUGGUCUCU